UUGGGCAUGGUCAGGGGUUCGUUGGGCAGCAAAAGAGGAGAGGAAUCAGGUCAGCUGGUCUGCAUGAGGGAGUUCAGGUAUAUUCUGGCUGAUAAUAUGAACUUCAAUCCAAAGAUAAUGCCUCUUCUCCCCAAAGAGUUGUUGCUAAAUGGACCUCAGACUGGCAGGAAGGGUUUGAUGCCCUUCUUAGGUCAUCCACUUCUUAGGUCAUCCUUGGAGCCAGUGACAGUGCCUGGCAUUGAGACCAGGUCCCUCGGUGCUGCAUUUGCCUUGUCCUCUCACCACUGCUUUACUGGGAGAAGGAAGGUGUCCCAGGUGUUGUUUUUUUGCAGUAUUGUGAUGGUGAAUGUUGAUUCCUGUGUUGUCACCUUCCUUGUUUUGGCCCUGUGGAGCCCUGGGCCAGGUGCACAGGAUGAUGUUUCUCUCUGAGCACAGUGCUGUGCUGGCUCUGCUGUGGAGCAGGUGCCUGGGCUGGAGCGGCUCUGCUUGCAUAUCCUCUCCAGGGAUCUGCUGGCAGAGAUAUAUUGCCAGGCCUGUGCUUCUGGUGCUUUUCUGUCAAUGCUUUCUGCCCUGCAUGGCUUCCAGAGGCUGCACCCCAAGCGCUGGCCAGGCAAGACAGUAAAUCCAUGGUAGCUACAGCACAAGGACUGUACUGUGAUACUGCCCAGCAUGCAGAUCCCAGCAGAAAGCCCCCUUCUAAGUGCUUUAGUUUGUGCAGGCAGGCAAAGCAGGUGUGGACUAGUCCUGCUGGAGGAGAGGUAGGGAAUGAGUCAGAGCAGACUGCACAAAUCAGGAGCAGUUUAUAAGCAUCGCUAGGAAUGAAAAGGAGGCUUCUCCACAGGGCACCAGGGCAGACCCUGAGCGUAUGAUCUGGACUCCAGCACCUCACCUGAGCAUGAGGUUGCUGACAGAGCCCAGGGCAGGUUGAGGCUGGUCCAGAAGCUGUGUAUUAGUCCCAGGCUGGCAUCAGGCAGGCUCAGAGCAUGUCUCUGAUUCCAGCCUUGCACUGGCAGCGUGCUAGAGCCCUCUCAACUCCCCAGUGUUUAUUGCACAGACCUGCCUUAACCGUGUCAUGGACCAAAAAAGGUAGUGCGUCAGGAAAGUAGGAGAUAGAAAGCAGUUGCUGUGCUGCUGCAUCUCUCAGCAGUUGCAAAUGUUGUUAGAAGAGGUGUAGUGCCUGAGCAAAGAGCUCUCAUGUAUUGUCUUCAGUCACAGUCUAUAUAUUUUUUGAUGAGGUAAAAAUAGCUUUUCUUUUUCAGGAUAUGCAGAGAGCAGAGGCUCCUGCUAACAUCAAAGGAGAGUGACAGCUUUCCCCUGGGUGUGCAUGGCCUCAGCUGAGGAGCAGGAGCAGUAGCUGUGUUAAUUCUUGCCUCGCUUUGGCUCUGUGUGAAAGAUAUUCUGGUAUUUUCCUGUUCAGGUCUCUGAACCAGCCCCUGUUUCACUCUCCACUGCUGCUGGACCCAGAAUUGUACUUCAAAGGGAAAGUGAUAGUUUGCAAAUGACAGAACAAGGUCUUGAACAUGUUACUUAGAAAAUCCAUUAGGCAGCAGACAGGCAUUGCAGGCUUUCACAGAGUUGUGUGCUGUAGCCCUCCGGAGGAUCCUUAUCAGAAAGAUCAGUCUGCUGGGUAGGGGCAGCUCCUUGCAGCCUUGCUCUGUGCAGAUUAAGCUGUUUGUGAUAUCUGCCCUCCUCGCAGUUCUGAACCAGCUGGAACUGCCAGCAAAGGGGACCCAGGACCGAGGAAGGAAGGAACCAAAUGGCAACGCAGAUGUCUGUAUCUGAAAAUGCUCAGGAACUCGGUUAACCUUGACCCUGACCUGUACCACCAGUGACAGUCCAGAACUACCUCUCCUGUUAAGGGUGCACAAAAAUGGGCUUUCCAAAAGCUCGUCACUCAUGAUUAUGUAAUAGUGGAGGAUUGUGCAUGGUGGGGAGUCCAGUCUGAUGCUGGCACCAGAAAGCUUGCCCUCUCUUCCUUCCGUGCUGGAAAAAUGCUAAUUGACAGGUCGCUUCCCUUCCCACAAACCUGCCAGGGGCCUUCCUUCCCUCCUUCUUCUGCUUUAGGAUUUCUCCUUUGCCAGUUGUGCCGAGUUCUUCUCUAGCUCUAUCCUUUGCACGGGAACAUGAACAGGUCUUUCACUUCCUGCAUGCUCUGAUUCACCUGCUGUGAGAUGGCUGAGCUCUCCCUUGCAUCCUGCUUUGGGGAUCUCUGCUGGGUAUAUCAGCCAUCAGCCUCUGUGGUACGUGCUUUGGGGCUGUUGUGAAAUCUCCACUAAGCAGAAAGGAGCAUGGCCAAAGGGUUUACGCAGGCUAGUGCAUGAAAUAAGAAGAAACUCACUUGGCAGAUGCCUUUCAGAGAUGACUUCUUGUGCCUUGACUCUCAUCAAUCCUAUUAAGAUCUGCAGACCUGUGAUAAAUCAGGUGGGCAGAGGUGAGGAUGAUGGGAGAACAGAACUUUGGCAUAUGGAUUUAUCUGUCUUGAAUCAUGUGGAUAAGGGUGAGGACGAUGAAAUAAUAGAAUUUAAGCAUUUGGAUUUAUCCUUCCAUGAGAUGAAUUUUCCCAAUGCUUUUGCUUUUUUCUUUCUUCUGGGUCUGCAUUAUCUGCCUGUUCUCUGUGUUCUGCUGGCUGACUGCCUGAGGUUUUGCUAUGUGGCCUCUCUGGAGAUGCUAUAUUCUGCUGAAUGCUGCCUUCUACUCAGAAGGCAGAAACCUGCCAGUAGGUUUUGUUUCUGCUGCAGGGCCCACUGAGAGCAUCCAGUUUUUGUUAAUACAGAUAGGAGAGAAUGUUCCUAUAAGACAGACAGUAUGGCUUCUGUUUCUGAGCAUUUUGAAUUGAAUCUCCUGAUCUUCCCUGAUUAUCCUACGGGGACCCUAGGUGUUAUCCCUAACUGCUCUUAAUCUUAGCAGCUCUUUUAGUGUGUUUUGAGGACUGACAAAUUCUUCUCAUCUGAUGAGAAAGGAUUGAGAUUAUCACCUGCAGAACUGUGCACUUGAUAUCUGCAAGGUGGAGAGGUCCAAAUGAGCAUUGGCUCCAGAGACAUUCCUAGGUUGGACAGUUACUUAAAGUAAACCACUACACUGAUGUGAGGUUUUGGUGUUUCUGCUGGAAAUAAUGCCUCAAAGGUGAGGAUCAUGCCCACUGUUGGACACAAGCCCACAUGAGCAAGGAAGUGUCCAAGCAAAUGGCAAGAGCUGUUGCCCUUGGCAAGGGUUUAUCACGUCCUCAGCUGGCAGUGCUGACUUUAGGUUCCAAGACACUGGCACUAGUACCUGGAAGUAAUUGGACGACCUCCGAGAUGUGAGUUGGACCCUUCCACAGCAUCUAGACAGGAUGCCCAUAGAAAUACAUGGUUUGGUGCUAGGAUUUGGGUUUGCAUCUCACUGCUGGUCCUGGGGUUCUUUGGCUGUUGGGAUGGCUGUGUGCUGCCCAGCCUUUGGGUGUUUCCUUGCUGGACCUCCUGUCUGCUGCUCCAUGAGUCUGUGUCAGCUCGGCUGAAGAGACAAAUGGGCAGACAGGGAAAAGAGGGCAGUGCAGCAGGAUGUGUGUGUGCGCCAGGCUAGAAUAGUGUGGUGAGUUGCUUCUUGACUGUCUUUGUGUCCCAGAAAACACUGUGAGAUCAGCACAAGUCCCUGAACUCAUUUGUACUUGGAAAUCAUCUACUUACAGCAUUUAGCAGCUCAUACAGAGUGAGCUCCUGCCAAGUAUGGCCACCUUUAACAGGGGGAGGCAAUGCUGACACCCUCCCUUGUUAUCAGUGAUGAGCAGCAGCAGGAGCUGAUGGGAGCUCCUCCCUGGGUGUGAGUGAGAGCAGGCACUGCCAAAAGAGAUUAGAGCAGGACACUGACUGCGGCCAGAGACACAGUGGGCUUACAGACCUCUGACUGCAACCCUUGAAAUCCAGCCUGAGCCUCUGGUUUCACUUCCUCUUUGCUUAUUGCCCUGGCCAUGACUACAAUGCAAUGGGCUCAUGUGGUUCCAGGCUAGUGGCAUUAAUGCUUUGAUAGCAGGAGGACAUCUGAGAAAAGGAACAGAAGAAGCCUCUCUUCAGGGCCAGGAGAGGGUGUCAUGAGAAAAAAUUUACUCUGAAACCAGGACAGAAGGAAAGGGAAAAAAUUAGAUUGUCAGCAGAAAAGGGGAGAUUUUUUCCUGAAGGAAAAGAAAUGGAAGGAGAGUAGAAGCAGAGUCUGAUGUGCUAUGCUAAGUUUUUUGACUUUAGAAGGUCUUGGACCACUUAGCAAAGUCCAGAUCUGAGGCUUCUUUCUUGCAGAAUUGCUGGCAGCAGCCUCCUGACACUUCACAGCUUGGUUGUCUGCAUGAUGCCUGUGUAUAACAUUUAGCAGCCACCUAAGAGUGGAAGAGGCCGAUGCUGCGACCAGUUUCUUGAGAGCUGCAAGAUCUGGGAAUCUGGACAAAGCCUUGGAUCACCUCAGGAAUGGGGUAGAUAUUAACACCUGUAAUCAGAAUGGGCUGAACGCCUUGCACCUGGCCUCCAAGGAGGGCCAUGUGAAAAUGGUGGUGGAGCUGCUGCACAAGGAGAUAGUUUUGGAGACAACGACCAAGAAGGGAAACACAGCCCUGCACAUUGCUGCCUUGGCUGGACAACAGGACGUGGUCCGGGAGCUGGUGAACUAUGGGGCCAACGUCAAUGCACAGUCCCAGAAAGGCUUCACACCUCUCUACAUGGCAGCGCAGGAAAACCACCUGGAAGUUGUGAAGUUCUUGCUGGAAAAUGGAGCCAACCAGAAUGUAGCCACAGAGGAUGGCUUCACUCCACUAGCUGUGGCUCUCCAGCAAGGACAUGAGAAUGUGGUUGCUCACCUUAUCAACUAUGGGACAAGGGGUAAGGUCCGUCUGCCUGCCCUGCACAUUGCAGCCCGCAAUGAUGACACUCGCACAGCUGCUGUGCUGCUGCAGAAUGACCCCAAUGCUGAUGUCCUCUCCAAGACUGGAUUCACCCCUUUGCACAUUGCAGCCCACUAUGAGAAUCUCAGUGUGGCCCAAUUACUGCUGAACCGUGGAGCCAGUGUCAACUUCACACCCCAGAAUGGGAUCACUCCCCUGCACAUAGCUUCCCGCCGGGGCAACAUCAUCAUGGUACGGCUGCUGCUGGACCGCGGGGCCCAGAUAGAGACAAGGACCAAGGAUGAGCUGACCCCUCUCCACUGUGCAGCACGCAAUGGACAUGUGAGAAUUGCAGAGAUCCUCCUGGACCAUGGGGCUCCCAUUCAAGCCAAAACCAAGAACGGCUUGUCGCCAAUCCACAUGGCAGCACAGGGUGACCACCUGGACUGUGUCCGCCUGCUCCUGCAGUACAGCGCCGAGAUCGACGACAUCACCCUGGACCACCUGACACCACUGCAUGUGGCUGCACACUGUGGGCACCACCGGGUGGCCAAGCUGCUGGUGGAGAAGGGGGCCAAGCCCAACUCCCGAGCCCUGAAUGGCUUCACGCCCCUCCAUAUUGCCUGCAAGAAAAACCACAUUCGUGUCAUGGAGCUGCUGCUGAAGACAGGUGCCUCCAUUGAUGCUGUCACAGAGUCUGGCCUGACCCCCCUGCAUGUGGCUGCCUUCAUGGGACACCUGCCCAUUGUCAAGACUCUGUUGCAGCGUGGAGCCUCUCCUAAUGUGUCUAACGUGAAAGUAGAGACUCCCCUACACAUGGCAGCCAGAGCUGGGCACACAGAUGUGGCAAAGUACCUGCUGCAAAACAAAGCCAAAGCCAAUGCUAAGGCCAAGGACGACCAGACUCCUCUGCACUGUGCUGCACGCAUUGGCCACACUGGCAUGGUCAAACUCCUUUUGGAGAACAACGCCAACCCCAACCUGGCCACCACAGCAGGGCACACGCCCCUGCACAUCACUGCCAGAGAGGGGCACAUGGACACAGCCCUGGCCCUGCUGGAGAAGGGAGCCUCACAGACCUGCAUGACCAAGAAAGGAUUUACCCCUCUCCACGUUGCAGCCAAGUAUGGAAAGGUGGAUGUGGCAGAGUUGCUGUUGGCACAUGACGCUCACCCCAAUGCAGCAGGGAAGAAUGGCCUGACUCCACUGCAUGUGGCUGUGCACCACAACAACCUGGAGAUUGUCAAGCUGCUGCUUCCCAAGGGGAGCUCCCCACACAACUCAGCAUGGAAUGGGUACACCCCCCUGCACAUUGCUGCCAAGCAGAACCAGAUGGAAGUGGCCAGCAGCCUGCUGCAGUAUGGGGCUUCUGCAAAUGCUGAAUCUAUGCAGGGAGUCACUCCCCUGCACCUGGCUUCCCAGGAGGGCCAUGCAGACAUGGUGGCACUGCUUUUCUCCAAACAAGCCAAUGGCAACCUAGGCAACAAGAGUGGCCUGACUCCUCUCCAUCUUGUGGCCCAGGAGGGUCAUGUGCUGGUUGCUGAUGUUCUAGUGAAACAUGGAGUCACAGUGGAUGCAACGACCAGGAUGGGCUAUACCCCACUGCAUGUGGCCAGCCAUUAUGGGAACAUCAAGCUGGUGAAGUUUUUGCUGCAGCACCAAGCGGAUGUCAAUGCCAAGACUAAGCUGGGCUACACGCCCCUGCACCAAGCGGCACAGCAGGGCCACACGGACGUGGUGACACUGCUGCUGAAACACGGCGCAUCUCCCAACGAGAUCAGCACGAAUGGCACCACUCCCCUGGCCAUCGCAAAGCGGCUUGGCUACAUUUCAGUCACGGACGUGCUCAAGAUUGUCACAGAGGAAACCGACAUCCCGUCAGUUGGUGACAAGCACCGCAUGAGCUUCCCAGAGACUGUAGACGAGAUUCUGGACGUAUCAGAGGAUGAAGGCACUGCUCAUGUCACAGUAAUGGAGGAAGAGCUGAUUGCACCAAAGCCCAAGACACCUGAUCUCGGAGACCAGGAAGGCAAGAGGGAGAUACUGGAGUUCAUGACCACAACGACACUGGAGCAAACGGUGGAGUCUCCAGCUGUCCUCCAGGUCCCCUGCAUCCCACCUGAAACUGUGGUGACCAGAGCUGAGGAGACUGAGCAGGUAGGACCUGUGGAGACAGAAGCUGAGCAAGUCAGCCUGCUGCAUGCACCCUCGGUGUCCCCACAGGAGCCCUCCAAAGAGUUCGAUGAGGACUCCCUGAUCCCCAGCAGCCCUGCCACUGAGACCUCAGAUAACAUCAGCCCAGUGGCCAGCCCCGUGCACACAGGGUUCCUGGUGAGCUUCAUGGUGGAUGCUCGUGGUGGCUCCAUGCGGGGCAGCCGGCACCACGGUCUGCGCGUGGUCAUCCCGCCCCGUGCCUGUGCUGCACCGACCCGCAUCACCUGCCGCCUGGUGAAGCCCCAAAAGCUACCUGCACCCCCACCACUGGCUGAGGAGGAGGGUCUGGGCAGUCGGAUCAUUGCUCUGGGGCCUGCUGGUGCCCAGUUCCUCAGCCCUGUCAUUGUGGAGAUUCCACACUUUGCCUCGUAUGGACGUGGAGACCGUGAGCUGGUAGUGCUGCGCAGCGAGAACGGCUCUGUGUGGAAGGAGCACCGCAACCGCUAUGAGGAGAGCUACAUGGACCAGCUGCUCAAUGGCAUGGACGAGGAGCUGGAGAGCCAGGAGGAGCUGGAUAAGAAGAGGAUCUGCCGCAUCAUCACCACUGACUUCCCUCUCUACUUUGUGGUCAUGUCCCGGAUUUGCCAGGACUGUGAUAUGAUUGGCCCUGAGGGAGGGUGUUUGAAAAGCACACUGGUGCCCAUGGUACAGGCCACCUUCCCAGACACUGCUGUCACGAAAAGAGUGAGGCUGGCCCUGCAGGCACAGCCUGUGCCAGAUGAGUUGGUGACUAAGCUGCUGGGGAACCAAGCAACCUUCAGCCCCAUUGUCACAGUGGAGCCACGACGGAGGAAGUUCCACCGUCCCAUUGGCCUCCGUAUCCCACUGCCACCAUCCUGGAAGGACAAUCCCCGAGAUAGUGGUGAGGGUGACACCACCAGCCUACGUCUGCUCUGCAGUGUGAUUGGAGGGACAGCCCAAGCCCAAUGGGAAGACAUAACAGGCACCACAAAGCUGGUCUAUGAAAAUGAAUGUGCAAACUUUACCACCAAUGUGUCUGCCAGGUUCUGGCUGGCUGACUGCCCACGCACAGCUGAGGCUGUGCACUUUGCCACCAUGCUGUACAAGGAGCUGACAGCUGUGCCCUACAUGGCCAAAUUCGUGGUGUUUGCCAAGAUGAAUGAUGCACGAGAAGGCCGGCUGCGCUGCUACUGCAUGACUGAUGACAAGGUUGACAAGACUUUAGAGCAGCACGAGAACUUCACUGAGGUGGCCCGCAGCAGGGACAUUGAGGUGGUGGAGGGAAUGCCUUUGCAUGUCGAACUCUCAGGGAACCUGGUGCCUGUCAAGAAGGCUGCUCAGCCCCGCACCUUCCUCUUCCAGUCCUUCCGGGAGAAUCGUCUUGUCAUCCCCAUCAAGGUCCGGGACAGCAGCCGGGAAGCCAGUGGCUCCCUGUCUUUCUUGCGCAAGGCCAUGAAAUACGAGGACCUCCAGCAUGUGCUCUGCCACCUGAACAUCACCAUCCCACCCUGCACCAAGGGAAGCGGCAGUGAGGAGAGAAGGAGGACGCUGACGCCGUUGUCUCUGCGGGAGCGAUACAGCAUUCUAAGUGAGACCAGCUUUGGCUCUCUGAGCAGCACGGACAAGGCAGACCAGAAGAUGGUUGACAUAGCAGAGCAGCUGGGCCUCAGCUGGGCCGAGCUGGCACGUGAGCUGCAGUUUGGGGUGGAUGACAUCAACAGAAUACGUGUGGAGAACCCCAACUCCCUUCUGGAGCAGAGCAUAGCCUUACUCAACCUCUGGGCCAGCCGCGAGGGCAAGCAUGCCAAGAUUGAGAACCUGUACAUGGCACUGAGGAACAUCGACCGCAGCGAGAUUGUUAAUAUGCUGGAGGGCUCUGGUCGGCAGAGCCGCAGCCUGAAGGGAAGCUGGCGCUACACGGACAGAGACUACUCCCUCUCGCCAUCCCAGAUGAAUGGUUACGCUUCACUGCAGGACGAGCUGCUGUCCCCUGCCUCCCUGCAUUACACACUGCCAUCCCCGCUGCGUGCCGACCAGUACUGGAAUGAGGUGGCCAUCAUGGAUGCUAUCCCCAUGGCUGCCACUGAGCAGGAUGCCCUGAUGGAGAUGUCCGACAUGCAGGUGUGGUCCUCGGGGCUCACCCCCUCGCUGGUGACUGCUGAGGACUCCUCUCUGGAGUGCAGCAAGGCUGAGGACUCGGAUGCCACAAGCGAAGGCCGGUUCCCAGGGCAACUUCUAGCAGAUGCUCAUGGCCCAGACCACAUGGGCUCUAUGGACCUGGUUGAGGAUGACACAGUGGACUCAGAUGCCAUGAAUGGCCUGAUUGACCUUCUAGAGCAGGAGGAGGGGCAGAGGCCAGAGGGGAAGAUGCCAUCUGGUGAUCAUCAACCAGGGACUGGGGAGCAGGACCCGGAGAGUGAAGUCUCUUUUGUUUCAGUUCAGCAGAAGGUGCAAGCCAGGAUCAUGACAUCACCUACCUUUAGCCAUGCUGUGGAGAAGAGUGCAGACAGGCUGAGGGACUGGAAUGCAGAAGGCUCCUUUAUCUCCUGCCUACAGGACCUGACAGCGGGCUCCUGGCAGGAGGGAGUCACCCGAAGGCUGCUCCCAACGCACACCACAGCCUCCGGGGCACAGGGCCAGGAGCAAGAGCAGGUCCUGAUGCCAGCCACGGAGCUGAUGCGGGUCAGCUCUGCAGAGGACAGCGACUGGCAGCCUCAGCACCCCACAGGCGGCUGGCAGGAGGAGUCCGACAGCCGCUUCUUUGGGCAGGUGAGGGUGGAAGCAGGGGACUCAGCCCUGCAGGAAGUGGUGACCCUGUGGACAGCCUUUUUUAGAGCCUGCUGCAAGGCCAGUCAGGCAGACCAGGUGCUAGCUCCUCAAAUCUUCUGGCAUACUUCCUGCCCCUUGGGGUGCCUCUCAGCCCAGAAUAGCCUGCUGUGCUUGAUACCUGAGCUCUUGCUCUCCAUUUAUAACCCAGUCACCCUCCCAGACUUGUUCCUAAGUAAGUAUCUACCCUGGCUGCCAGCCCAACAGCCUGCUGGAGCCAGAAAUAGAGUUGGUCUAGGGGCCAGGCUGGGUGGUGGGCUUGAUGCCACGGUCACACAGAACCAGCAGGUACAAGGUGAGGGCAAGCACCUUUCCCCAGCCAGGGCACGCACAGCCAUCCCGGCAGCACGGUCGUGCUCGGAGGUGGCUGUUCAGCUCUGCCGUGUGCGAUACGUGAGUCACGCGUGAUUCCAAUGACACCUCAAACCCUGGCUUUUGUCCAGGGCUUCAUUUGUCCUGUGACAGAAGAGUGCACGCUGCCCUCUCAGCGUAGUCAGGACAGGCUGCUGGGCAAGCUGACAGAGCAGAGGGACAGAGCUGUCCUGCUU